AAAGAACAAAAGGAACAGUGUGGGGGUGGAGAAAUUGGGAAAGGGAAAGGCUUUGUUGUUGCAUUCCUUACUUGCAGAUGCAUCCAAAUCACACCAUUAAUAAACUCCCUUCUCAAAGCCUUAAACCUUCACAAAAAGUUUUGACUGUUUGUUACUGAAUCCAAAAAAAAAUCAAGUCUUUUUUUUUUCGUUUUCUUGAUUCGAUUUAAGAAAAAUUUGGUCUUUUUCAUUUUGUUAAUUUGGGCAUUUUUUUGUUGAGGCGAUGCGGGAAGUGGAAACAUCAGCAAUCACAGCAGCUCCUCCACAAUUCUCUCAAAUGUUUCAGAAACUAGCCAUGGCUGUCAAAACCAAGACCUACGAGUUCUUCACCGAAGAAGACGAACGAACCGAUGCUGCUGAGGGUUUCUCUCUCCUCGAUUCCUCCGAGGAUUUCAUCACCGAUCAGAAAGUCGUCGUUCUUAAACCCGACAAGCCUUCUUCUUCUUCUCCGGGAUCUCCUGCUGUUCUUUCUCCGGUGAGUGUGAAACCUAAUCAAAGGAAGCUUUCUCAGGUUAGGAAAUUAGAUACCCAGAUGGGUUCGAGUUUGAUCUCUUCUGUUUUCGCUACUGUUUCGUCUUUUGAAGCUUCGUAUCUUCAAUUGCAAGCUGCUCACUCCCCCUUUGUUGAAGAAAGCGUCAAGGCUGCUGAUAGAGCUCUCGUCUCUAACCUCCAGAAGUUAUCUGAUUUGAAGCAGUUUUAUAGGAAUUAUCGCCAAAGUUUGGAUUUUGAUGAGUCUGAUUUAGCGAUUGGUUCUUGCUUAGAGUCUCGUGUUCAGGAGAAUCAGAGCAAGCUUAGAGCUUUGGGAACGGUUUCUAACCGGUUACAAGCUGAGAUGGAUGCUAAGGAUUUGCAGGUUUGGACUCUGAGAAACAAGUUAGGUGAGAUUCAAAAGUCUAAUUCCAAGUUGUCAAGGAGGCUGUCUUCGAAUUCAUCAUCAUUGGAUGUUCUGUUAUCUGUUAGGGUUUAUGAGUCUCUGUUGCAUGAUGCCUUUAAAGCUACUCAGAAGUUUACUAAGACUCUGAUUGAGUUGAUGGAAAAAGCUGGUUGGGAUUUGGAUUUAGCUGCUAAGUCUGUUGUUCAUCCUGAGGUAGAUUAUGCUAAGAAGGGACAUAACCGUUAUGCAUUGUUGUCGUAUGUUUGCUUGGGGAUGUUUCGUGGUUUCGAUGGUGAAGGAUUUGAUCUUGAUGGUGGAGAGUCUGAGAUGAGUUCUUCAGAGUCUUCGUUGAGGGAAUUGAUGCAACAUGUAUCUAGCAAUCCCAUGGAGCUUUUGGAAAGGGAUAAAGAUUGUGCAUUCUCUAGAUUUUGCGAUAAGAAGUAUCACGAGCUCAUUCACCCGAACAUGGCAUCUUCUAUAUUCAGCAACAUGGAUGAGAACGAAGCUGUGUUGAGUUCUUGGAGAUCUCUGAGCACUUUCUAUGAGUCUUUUGUCACGAUGGCUAGCUCGAUUUGGACACUUCACAAGUUAGCCUUGUCCUUUGAUCCUGCGGUUGAGAUUUUCCAAGUCGAAAGCGGAGUUGAUUUUUCGAUUGUCUUCAUGGAGAAUGUCUUGAAAAGAAAACAAGACAAAAAGUUCUCGACGAAUCCUACUCGAGCCAAAGUAGGAUUCACUGUGGUUCCAGGGUUUAAAAUCGGGUGCACGGUGAUCCAGUCUCAAGUUUACCUUACUGGCUCUAAAUGUAAAUGAAAGAGACAGAUGGUUAAACGGCCAAUGCUCAAGUUUCUGAUCACAAAGCUGCUUUCAAGGACUUGACGGUUCCAACACUAUAAAAGGGUUAUAACUUUUUUACCUUCUUAGUAUUCUGUGAUUAAUUGUGUUCUUUAUAAGUCUGAUUUGAGUUAUUGAUUUCGUUUAAAAGUGUACAGAAUGUUCUAAAGCUAUGGUGAUUUUUACUUUGUUUGGAUUGCAAUAAUUUAAAUUGUUUCUCUUCAUAGGAGUAAGUUGUAACAGAUUGAUUAUCAAAAUAUAAAAAGUUUCUAA